AGCUCUUGCUUUCAAAUCAUCACACUUAAUCAAUUGCUUUAUCAUUUCAAACAAUCAGUGUCAACUGAAAGAAAAUUUAACAAAGUAUUCACGAUGAAAACCGUUUUGGCAAUCGCUCUUUUCGCCUCGAUGGCGUCUGUGAUUCUUUCCAGACAGGUUCGACCAGUACGCCCAGCGGUGCAGGUGGUGACGACCACGCCAUUGCCUGAACUUCCCGAGGAAACCAAGGAAGUAAUUUUGGAAUAUGUGGCCGAGAAGAUGGAAGACGCAUAUCCCAACAUGUUUGAAGAAAUUCAAACCAGAGCUAACCUUUUCAACCUGUCCGCAUACAUUAACAAUCCCAACCGCCCUAACGGGACUGCGUUGACCUUUGUUCCGCUCAUCACGCUCUUGAGUGGAUUGAUAAGUGGAUAGAAGUUGGGCUCUUGAUUUGAAAAUUAUUUAUGAAAUAUAAAAUUUAACCUCUUCUUAUUUCCUUUAUACGCUCUAUCUUGUAUACUUUCAAGCAGAUUUCUGUCAAUAAAAUAUUAAUACACAUUUUUAUCACCUCACUUACA